ACUCGCGGGGGUCUCGUUUCUGCGCUGAGGUCGGUAGAUUUCUUUCUCUAAGAAGAAAAAUGGCAUCGGUGGCAGUUGAUCCACAACCGAAUGUGGUCACUAGGGUCGCUAACCUACCCUUGGUGAGCUCCACGUACGACCUGGUCUCCUCGGCUUAUAUCAGUACAAAGGAUCAGUAUCCCUGCUUGAAGUCUGUGUGCGAGACGGCUGAGAAGGGUGUGAAGACCAUCACUUCCAUGGCUGUGACGAGUGCUCUACCCAUCCUCCAGAAGCUAGAGCCACAAAUUGCGGUUGCCAAUACCUAUGCUUGUAAGGGGCUAGACAGGAUCGAGGAGAAACUGCCUAUUCUGAAUCAGCCAACAACCCAGGUUGUUGCCAGUGCCAGAGGUGCUAUGACUGGGGCAAAAGAUGCUGUGACAACUACUAUGACUGGGGCAAAGGAUACCAUGGCCAGCACCAUCACUGGUGUGAUGGACAAGACCAAAGGAGCAGUGACUGGCAGUGUGGAGAAGACCAAGUUUGUGGUCAAUGGCAGCAUUAACACAGUCUUGGGAAGCCGGAUGGUGCAGCUGGUUAGCAGUGGAGUAGAGAAUGCACUCACGAAGUCGGAGUUGCUGGUAGACCAGUAUUUCCCUCUCACUGAGAAAGAGCUAGAAAAAGAAGCAAAAAAAGUUGAAGGGUUUGACAUGGUUCAAAAGCAAAGUUAUUACGUUAGACUAGGGUCCCUGUCUACCAAACUCCGCUCACGUGCCUACCAGCAGGCUCUCACUAGUGUUAAGGAAGCCAAGCAAAAAGGCCAAGAGACCAUUUCUCAGCUCCAUUCCACUGUUAACCUGAUUGAAUUUGCCAGGAAGAAUGUGCAAAGUGCCAACCAGAAAAUUCAAGGUGCUCAGGAUAAGUUCUAUCUCUCCUGGCUGGAAUGGAAGAGAAGCAUUGGCCAUGACGAUACCGAUGAAUCCCACUGUGCUGAGCACAUUGAGUCAUGGACUCUUGCGAUUGCCCGCAACCUGACUCAGCAGCUCCAGACCACGUGCCACACCCUGCUGUCCAGCAUCCAGGGGUUACCACAGAACAUCCAAGAUCAGGCCAGUCACGUGGGGGUGAUGGCUGGUGACCUCUACUCCGUGUUCCUCAGCGCUGCCUCCUCUAAGGAAGUGUCUGAUGGCCUCCUCGCUUCUAGCAAGGGGCAGCUGCAGAAAAUGAAGGAGUCUUUAGAUGAUGUGAUGGAUUAUCUUGUUAACAACACACCUCUCAACUGGCUGGUAGGUCCCUUUUAUCCUCAGCUGACCGAAUCUCAGAACGCUCAGGACCGUGGUGCAGAGAAGGACACAACCAGUCAGGUCCAGCAGUCUCAGACAAAACCCCUUAAACCUGUCCUUGUCACCAGUAGAUGGUGCGGGCAGCCAGAUGAUCCUGUCUGUUCUCUUGAAAUUAACCUGCUAGACAACCUGGAAUUGGGGAAGCAGCUAGCUAGAACAAAGGUCCCCAGUUGUAGUCUGUUCUAACUGCAUUCAGAUCUUUACAAUUUUCUGGCAUCAGCCGAUGCGUUCUGUUGUUUACCUGGCUGGACAGAAAAGAAUGCUAAGUGAUACACUCGUCGAACUCCCCAAGUUUCGGUGAUGGUCUCUGCCUGUUACUGUUGUUGCUGUUUAUUUGUAUUGAAUAAAAACACCUCCGUGUGGGCCGUGGUGUGAGCUGGGGUCUGCUCCGGUUUGGUCUGAGCAGGCUUCGUCACUGAUUUGUCUCACCAAGCAUGCCUGUACAACUGCAGUUUUUUAUUUUUCAUAAAGGAAUGUCUCCUCUGAACUCAAUAAAAUUCGCUGCAGAAUAGAGAACUUCA